AGGAGAGGAAAUCCUCGGGGAGGUUCCUCCCCGAACGGCGGCAGCCUGGCAGGCCCCGAGAGCUGCCCGCGGUGGGGAGGGGAUAGCGGGGCGGACCCGGAGGACAUGGAGGGCGAGGAGGCCCCGUCAUGGCGGGGUCCCGGCGGGGCCGUGCGGGAGCUCUGCCGCUCCUUCGGCCACUACAACCGGCACCUGGCGCGGCUGCAGCACAACCUGCGAGAGACCAAGAGGUUCUUCCGCGACGUCAAGUUCUCCCAGGGACAUCCCUUCGCCUCAGCGCCUGCCGGUGACGGCCCCCGCUCCGCCUGGGAUGGGGAUGGGGGUCCCGGGGACGGCGGCCCCAGCCCCGUCUCGUUCCCGCGGCACGAGGAGGAGCAGCUGCAGCGCUCGGUGAGCUGGAGGCCCUGCCUGCUGAUCCUGGGCCAGAACUGCCGCGCCAAGGGCCGCCUGCUCAACACGCUGCUGGGCCAGGAGCUGCUGCCCAGCCCCGGGACUGGCACCCAGGAGCUGCUGCCCAGCCCCGGGACUGGCACUGCCACCAAGGAGCUGCUGCCCAGCCCUGUGACUGGCACCGAGGAGCUGCUGCCCAGUGCUGGCACUGAGGGACUGCUGCCCAAGCCUGGCACCCAGGAAUUGCUGCCCAGGGCUGACACUUCCACCAAGGAGCUGCUGCCUGUCACUGAGGCUGGCACUGCCACCAAGGAGCUGCUGCCCGGGCCUGGCACUGUAGAGCUGCUGCCCACCCCCAGGGCUAGCACCAAGGAGGUACUGCCCACCCCUGGGGCUGGCACUGCCACCGAGGAGCUGCUGCCUGCUGCUGGGGCUGGCACCAAGGAGCUGCUUACCACCCCUGGCACUGGCACAGAGGAGCUGCUGCCCACCCCCGGGGCUGGCACAGGCACAGAGGAGCUGCUGCCCACCCCCGGGGCUGGCACAGGCACAGAGGAGCUGCUGCCCAGUGCUGGGACUGUCACUGAGGAACUGCUGCCCACCCCUGGCAGUGUCACCGAGAAGCUGCUGCCCACCCCCGGGGCUGGCACCGAGGAGCUGCUGCCCAACCCCGGGGCUGGCACCGAGGAACUGCUGCCCACCCCCGGGGCUGGCACCGAGGAGCUGCUGCCCACCCCCGGGGCUGGCACCGAGGAGCGCUGCCGGCGCCGCCGGGUGCGCUUCACGCACGGGGCGCGGCCACGGCUGAGCCUGGCACUGCCCGGGCAGUACGAGCUGGUGCAGGCGCUGGUGGCACACAGCGGGCACUGGGACACCAUCCCCGAGCAGGACCUGCAGGUGCCAGGGGACGCCGAGGAUCCCGCACAGAGGGUGGCAGAGCUGGAGGUGGUGCUGCCCUGCGCGCUGCUCAAGGAAGUGGACAUCGUGGUGGCUCCAUGCCGAGGCUUCCAGUCAGCUGAGGCCACCCUGGCCGAGUUUGUGAACCAGGUGCUGCCCGUUGUCACCUUUGCCAUCAGCGAGCCCCAGCUGUCCCCAUCGGACCAGGCAGAACUUCGGGACAUCAAACAAAAAUUCUCCCUCCCCAUCUUCUUCCUGCGAAUCCCCGAGGCCGGCAGCGAGCUGAGCUCUCCCAAAACCCCCCCCAAGGACAAAUCCCCUCUGCACCUGCAGCUGCUGGACCUGGAAUACCUGAGCCCCUCCAGCCCCUGCGGCUGCGGCGUUCCCGGCUCCUCCAUGCUGGUGGAGCAGCUGGAGAAGCUGCGGCUGCUGAGCUCCUUCUCCAGGCAGGUGCUGCAGCAGCACCUGGUGGAGGCAGCCACGAGGCUGAGCGAGGUGCACGGGCGCUGCCUCAACAUCUUCAUCAACCAGGCCUUCGACAUGCAGAGGGACCUGCAGAUCACCCCCAAGAGGCUGGAGUACACGCGCAGGAAGGAGAACGAGCUCUACGAGUCGCUGAUGGGCAUCGCCAACCGCAAGCAGGAGGAGAUGAAGGAGAUGAUCGUGGACACCCUGGGCAAUAUGAAGGAGGAGCUGCUGGAGGAUGCUGCCAGCAUGGAGUUCAGAGACAUCAUCAUUCCCGAGAGCGGCGAGCCCGUCAGCUCCAAGGACAUCAAGCGCUGCAUCCAGCAGAUCCAGGAGCUGAUCAUCUCCAGGCUGAACCAGGCUGUGGCCAACAAACUGAUCAGCUCUGUGGAUUACCUGAGGGAGAGCUUCGUGGGCACCCUGGAGCGCUGCCUCAAGAGCCUGGAGGAGUCCUGGGAGGGCUCCGUGCACCCGCCCCGGGGGCUGGAGAAACCCCGGGAGGGAUCCGUGCACAUCACCAGCAACUAUCUCAAACAGAUCCUGAACGCAGCCUAUCACGUGGAGGUCACGUUCCACUCGGGCUCAACGGUGACCAGGAUGCUGUGGGAGCAGAUCAAACAGAUAAUCCAGCGGAUCACGUGGGUCAGCCCCCCGGCCAUCACCAGUGACUGGAAGAGGAAGGUGGCCCAGGAUGCCAUCGAGAGCCUCAGUGCCUCCAAGCUGGCCAAGAGCAUCUGCAGCCAGUUCCGCACGCGCCUCAACAGCUCCCACGAGGCCUUCGCCGCCUCCCUGCGCCAGCUGGAGGACGGCCACUCGGGCCGGCUGGAGCGCACCGAGGACCUGUGGCUGCGCGUCAGGAAGGAGCACGCGCCCCGGCUGGCACGGCUCUCCCUGGAGAGCAGAUCCCUGCAGGACGUGCUGCUGCACGGGAAGCCCAAGCUGGGCAGGGAGCUGGGCCGAGGCCAGUACGGGGUGGUGUACCUGUGUGACAGCUGGGGGGGACACUUCCCCUGUGCCCUCAAAUCCGUUGUGCCUCCGGAUGAGAAGCACUGGAACGACCUGGCACUGGAAUUCCACUACAUGAGGUCCCUGCAGUCCCACGAGAGGCUGGUGCACCUGCAUGGCUCCGUUAUCGAUUAUGGCUAUGGAGGAGGCUCCAGCAUUGCUGUGCUGCUGAUCAUGGAGAGGCUGCACAGGGACCUCUACACGGGGCUGAAGGCUGGGCUGGAAUUGGAGCCACGGUUGCAGAUUGCCUUGGAUGUGGUGGAGGGGAUCCGGUACCUGCACAGCCAGGGCUUGGUGCACAGGGACAUCAAACUCAAAAACGUCCUGCUGGACAAAAAGAACAGGGCCAAGAUCACAGAUUUGGGGUUCUGCAAACCCGAGGCGAUGAUGUCUGGCAGCAUCGUGGGCACCCCCAUCCACAUGGCUCCCGAGCUCUUCACAGGGAAAUAUGACAAUUCCGUGGAUGUUUAUGCCUUUGGGAUCCUGUUCUGGUACCUCUGCUCGGGCCAUGUGAAGUUACCUGAGGCUUUUGAGAGGUGUGCCAGCAAAGAUCACCUGUGGAACAACGUCAGGAGAGGGGUGCGUCCGGAGCGGCUGCCGGUGUUUGAUGAGGAAUGCUGGCAGCUGAUGGAAGCCUGCUGGGACGGGGACUCCUCCCAGCGGCCUCUCCUGGGAAUCGUGCAGCCCAUGCUCCAGGGAAUCAUGGACAGGCUCUGCCGGGCCCCCUCCGAGCAUCCCAACAAAGGCCUGGAUGACUCCACCUGAGCGGGAGCUGCGGCAGGAUUCCGGGAAUUGAGGCGGGAUUUGGGGAAUUCCAGCCCCGCCCCUGCCGUGGAGCUGCGAGCCAGCCCCGAGCGGGGACAGGGAGGGGCUCAGGGGGGGACAGCUCCAUCCCAGUCCCACCCUGGUAUCCCUAUGGAAUUGUGGGACAGGGGGGUGACAGCUCCAUCCCAAUCCUGGUAUCCCUAUGGAAUUGUGGGACAGGGAGGGGCUCAGGGGGUGACAGCUCCAUCCCAAUCCCACCCUGGUAUCCCUGUGGAAUUGUGGGACAGGGGGGUGACAGCUCCAUCCCAAUCCUGGUAUCCCUAUGGAAUUGUGGGGGACAGGGGUUGACAGCUCCAUCCCAAUCCUGUUAUCCCUAUGGAAUUGUGGGACAGGGAGGGGCUCGGGGGGGACAGCUCCAUCCCAAUCCCACCCUGGUAUCCCUAUGGAAUUGUGGGACAGGGGGGUGACAGCUCCAUCCCAAUCCUGGUAUCCCUAUGGAAUUGUGGGGGACAGGGGUUGACAGCUCCAUCCCAAUCCUGUUAUCCCUAAGGAAUUGUGGGACAGGGAGGGGCUCGGGGGGGGGACAGCUCCAUCCCAAUCCCACCCUGAUAUCCCUAUGGAAUUGUGGGGGACAGGGGGGAGCUCAUGGGGGUGACAGCUCCAUCCCAAUCCUGUUAUCCCUAUGGAAUUCUUUGGGACAGGGAGGGGCUCAGGGUGGUGACAGCUCCAUCCCAAUCCCACCCUCUUAUCCCUCUGGAAUUGUUUGGGACAGGGAGGGGCUCAGAGGGGGCUCAGGGGGUGACAGCUCCAUCCCAACCCCAAUCCUGUUGUCCCUAUGGAAUUGUUUGGGACAGGGAGGGUGACAGCUCCAUCCCAACCCCAAUCCUGUUGUUGCUAUGGAAUUGUGUGGGACAGGGGGGUGACAGCUCCAUCCCAAUCCCACCCUAUGGAAUUGUGGGGGACAGGGGGGUGACAGCUCCAUCCCAAUCCUGUUGUUGCUAUGGAAUUGUUUGGGACAGGGGGGUGACAGCUCCUUCCCAAUCCCACCCUAUGGAAUUGUGGGGGACAGGGGGGUGACAGCUCCAUCCCAAUCCCACCCUAUGGAAUUGUUUGGGACAGGGGGGUGACAGCUCCAUCCCAAUCCCACCCUGCUCUCCCCAUGGAAUUGAGGGAUGGAAAACCCAAACCCUUCCUGCUCACGGGGGGGGUUUGCCAAUCCCACCCCAAGCCUUGGGAGGGAUCCAUGGGAUGGGAAAAUCCCUUCCCAAAACCCCAGGAGAACCAUCCUGCUCCUCCCUCUGCCUUUGGCAGCAAUUCCAGAGCGCUGGGAGAGGAAGGAAAAGGCACCAAAUUUUAGGAUGAGGAAGUGUUGGGAAGCUCCAAGGAGCUGGAAAUGUUUACAUGGACAGGAGCAAAGCUUCCGUUUAUUUUUCUAUGGGGACUUGGAAAACCCCACCUGGAUAAGCUAUUGAUCCCUAAUCCCACCUUUUCCUCCUCUUUUUUCCCUCUCCUUUGCUUCCUUCAAUUUCUUGGAAUGGCUGGAGAAACCUUCCCUUGCUUCCACCCUGCCUUCCUCAGAGGUUCUGCUCUCUAGCAGCACAAAAAGUCCUUAAAAUUCCAGAUUUUUCCAUGGGGAAAA